CCAUACCACGAUCUUUCAUCACGUGGUACGUUUUACGAUUUAUCCUCAUCCAAUUUCACUGGAAUUCCGCAGCCUAGUCUCUCGAACCCCAGAGCUCGCCCUCGUUCAGCGCUGCGCAUCACAUUCCUCGCAGCAGAAUGUGCUCUCACACAUUGAUGCCACGGAUCCAUCUAAGGGUUUUGCUUUCGUUUUAAGUUCACCUGGUCUGAUGUGUUCCUCUAUAGUGUCAUUUGGGAGAGGAUGUUGCUUCUCAUUUACGCAACUUUGCUUGGAAUUUUCCUCAAAACAGGCUAUGCUCUCCAGAUCCAAUGUUACCAGUGCGAGGAGGUGAAAAACAAUGAAUGCUCCACGCCGGAGUUCAUUGUCAACUGCACGGUCAACGUGCAGGACAUGUGUCAGAAGGAGGUACUGGUGAAGAAGGAUGGCAUAUUUUACCGCAAGUCCUGUGCCUCGUCCGGGGCAUGCCUCAUAUCCUCGUCAGGCUACCAGCAGUUCUGCACUGGAAGGAUCAACUCUGUGUGCAUCUCCUGUUGUAACACACCGCUCUGCAAUGGGCCCCGGAAGAAGAACCGCCCGGUCCCGUCGGCCGCCACCUCUUCAUUUUCCUCCCUUCUUUUUCUUCUGGUCUCCCUCACGCUGGUCUCCCUCUCUCUGACAUAGACCGAGAGGCGUCCAUUUGUCCCCUGCUCUACCCGAAGAUAACACUAGAGUAUUAUGAGAGUACAUAUAGGCUACAGUACAUAACCGUACGUAGUGUAUUGGCCACAUCAGACUCUAGUGUCGUCUUUGAAGAGGAAUCCUAUACAUAAGAGACUAUCCCAGGAGGUUGGUGGCAACUUAAUUGGGGAGGACGAGCUCGUGGUAAUGGCUGGAUCAGAAUGAGUGGAAUGGUAUCAAAGACAUCAACCACAUGGUUUCCAGGUGUUUGAUGGCAUUCCAUUUGCUCCGUUCCGGCCAUUAUUAUGAGCCGUCCUCCCCUCAGCAGCCUCCUGUGGACUCUACAGCGUCAUCUUUGGAUCGGAUACUCAAGAGCUUAAGACACUUUGGAAGGAUCCCCUUUUAUAAUCCUGGUGUUUUGAGUUUUUGAGAACUGAAUGCUUUACCAUUGCCUCCUUUUUCUUCGUCCCUCCCUUGCCCUCCAAUCCCCCCUUGCUUACUCUGUAGGUUCCCUAUUGGGGGCAAUGGGCACUGACCUCAUCAACGUCGGUGUUCUCCUGUUUAUAGGAAGAUCGAACGCUUCAGAUCAAUACUCCUGAUGAUUAGGAGUCAGACGUGAUCAUAGUCAGUGAGUACUCAGCAGCCGUUUAGCUGUGAGAAUUGUGUUAACUCAUCAUGGAUCUGAGUGUAGAGAUGGUACUGACAGUUGAGGACAUUGAGCAGUUAGUUGUAGGGAUUUUGGAGAUAUAUUUAGAUGGCUGCAUCAUUUACUACUAGUACAAGUUCUUGUUACAGUAAGUACUAACUGCAGGAUCUCAUGUCUUAUAUCAUUUGUAAGUAAAGAUGUGUGAUCUUAAUUUGACCAGUUUCUCACAGCAGGAACAUAUUCCUACAGCAACAAAUCCUACAGAAAUGUGAAUUAUUGUGUGGGUUAUAAUUAAUGGACAUUUACGUAAGGGUUGAUACAUUUUUUGUUUGGGCAAACCAACAUUUUAAAGUGGAAAAUACAACUCUAGAAGCCUUUAAAAACCUUGAAUAUACUACAAGUUUGCUUUUCCUGCUGUGCAGAAAAUUUCCUGCAAAAACAGGGUGAUCAAAUUAAGAUCCUACAUCUGUAUAUACCCAAUUACUUUCUUGGACUUCACAUAUUGCUGAAAGACACAAGGGAUUUGUUCUUAAACGUUAUAUAAAUUGACAUACACUACUGUUCAAAAGUUUGGUUCACUUAGAAAUGCCCUUGUUUUUUAAAGAAAAGCACAUUUUUUGUCCAUUAAAAUAACAUCAAAUUGAUCCGAAAUACAGUGUAGACAUUGUUAAUGUUGUAAAUGACUAUUGUAGCUGGAAAUAACAGAUUUUUUACGGAAUAUCUACAUAGGCGUGCAGAGGCCCAUUAUCAGCAACCAUCACUCCUGUGUUCCAAUGGCACAUUGUGUUAGCUAAUCCGAGUUUAUCAUUUUAAAAGGCUAAUUGGUCAUUAGAAAACCCUUUUGCAAUUAUGUUAGCACAGCUGGAAACUGUUGUGCUGAUUAAAGAAGCAAUUAAACUGGCCUUCUUUAGACUAGUUGAGUAUCUGGAGCAUCAGCAUUUGUGGGUUCGAUUACAGGCUUAAAAUGGGUAGAAACAAAUAACUUUCUUCUUGAAACUCAUCAGUCUAAAUGUGAUUUUCUUUCAAAAAACAAGGACAUUUCUACGUGAUCCCAAACUUUUGAACGGUAGCGUAUUCAAUAACCUGUUAUUAGCUGUAGUCAUUUACAGGAUGAUAAUAAUAGUCUGUAUCAACAUCCAGUUUCAACUUUAAAAACUUUUUUGGGGGUGUGGUUCUUCAAGUAUAUUUGAAGUCAUUCAACAGUCCUUAUAGUAUAUCUCCGCUUUUUAGUUGUAGAGCUUAUGCAGUUCCGUUAUUCAUAACUGAUUCACAAGUUCACAUUAAGGACAUUUCAUUGCAGGGAUGCAUAUUAUACCAUUUUCUGUACAGACAUGAGAUAUGUGGCUGUCAUUGCGGGAAGGUCAGAUUAUAAGUAUUGGUUAUUGUAGCUACCUGCUAAAACUGCUUAGAGGAGCUUUUUAGUGUAGUUGCUCAUCUGGAACUAUUGACGAUGUUCUAUAAUGCUCAUUCAGCAGCAUACACCCUUUGGCACACAGUGACUCACGGAACGCUCACCACGCGCAGCGUGUUGUGGAAUGGAUCCCUUAGCUAUAAGUGGAGAGGCAUAGUUGAUGGAUGCAUUUACUCAACAAUGCAUCAUGUACAAAUAUUGCUCAUACUUUUAUGUCUUACUGAAAUCAUAUUCUCUCUCUUUCUAUUGAUGUUUCCUAUCUGAUGGAUUGUCACUUGAAAGUACCAGAGAGCGCACAAACACAACUACAAUAUUUUGGAUUGUGUAAAAUGAUCCACAUGAACCAUUGGAGUGAGCGACUGGUCGAAAUGUUUCUAUUGACCCCUGAAACUGACGUCACUCACGUAUAUCAGAGUGUAUAUGACUACUGAAGGUUGAAGUGACAAUGUGGAGUUAAUUUGACAAAAGGGUACAGACAACAGUGCAGUAGGAAAUACAUGACGGGGUGUUUAUUUAUGUUGGCUAGUGUUUCUUUCUUGGUUCUUGUGCCAUGGGCUUUUGCCAGUCAUAGUCAGUAUUAGCUUAGCAGUAGCUUUACAGUCAUCUACUUUGUCUUUCUUUUCAGCUGAUUCUAUUGUCAAUUGAUGAGUUAUUUAUUCUGCUGAAAAGGCAGCACAGAGACUGAAGGGAAGACCAUUCUUUUUUGAAAUACAGCAUAUAUGAAAUGUAAAUAGAUUUCAGAAACAUAUCUAAUAACUUACUCUCAUUACUCCAAUACAAUUGUAUUUGAUUUGAUUUAUUCAUUGGCCAUUGUAAUUAUUGAAAGGCUUUGCAAAGAGAUUAAUGUAAGAAGUAUGUCAUGAUGCAUCCUUUAAAUUAAAAGAUAGUGGAUAAAAUUAAACGAUAAUGAUACAGCGUUUUUUCCUUAUUUGAUGUUUAUCUUGAAUGUGUCAGGCAAUGAAUUAACAGGUAGACAUGUUUAACAGAAUUGGGGUAUUAUGGGUAAUUUUUUGGAUGGUCUCCCUUAAUUGGUCUUCUGUGAAGAGUGAUUGUAUAUUCUGCCCAUGUGAAAUGCAAAUAAAGAGUUGUGACCAAAAACAGUGCUUCUGAAA